AUGGUAAAGAGGCUCCUGGGCCUUCAAUUAGAGGGCCUGGGCGGGAACAUCUCCUGCUGGCAUCUCACGGGGGUGCUCUUUGUCCUGUUCUCUGAGUCCACCGUGCAAGCUCCCAGGGCACAGCGUCAGGGCCCACACAUUGGAGCCAGCCCCUUCCUGACGGCCAGACUCCCCCGCCUCUUCAUGAAUAAGGGCAACUCUGAUGUGAACUACCUCAUCGAAGAAGCGUCCAAAAUGGAGAAGAUCAAGUUUCAGCACAUUGUGUCCAUCUACGGGGUGUGCAAGCAGCCCCUGGGCAUUGUGAUGGAGUUCAUGGCCAACGGCUCCCUGGAGAAGGUGCUGCCCACCCACAGCCUCUCCUGGCAGCUCAAAUUCCGCAUCAUCCAUGAGACCAGCCUGGCCAUGAACUUCCUCCACAGCAUUAAGCCACCUCUGCUCCACCUGGACCUCAAGCCAGGCAACAUCCUCCUGGACAGCAACAUGCAUGUCAAGAUUUCGGACUUUGGCUUGUCCAAGUGGAUGGAACAGUCAACCCGGAUGCAGUACAUCGAGCGGUCGGCUCUGCGGGGCACCCUCAGCUACAUCCCCCCUGAGAUGUUCCUGGAGAGUAACAAGGCCCCGGGGCCCAAAUACGAUGUGUACAGCUUCGGGAUUGUCAUCUGGGACAUCCUCACUCAGAAGAAACCAUAUUCAGGCCUCAACAUGGUGAACAUAAUCAUCCGCGUGGCUGCGGGCAUGAGGCCCUCCCUACAGUCUGUCUCCGAUGAGUGGCCAGGGGAGGCCCAGCAGAUGGGGGACCUGAUGAGGCGCUGCUGGGACCAGGACCCCAAGAAGAGGCCCUGCUUUCCAGACAUCACUGUUGAGACAGACAUGCUGCUGUCCCUGCUCCAGAGCCCGGUGGCAGACCCCGAGAGCGAGGCCCUGGCCAGGAAGGUGUCCUGCAAACCGUCUCUCUGCCGGCCCCGGGAGGGCAGUGAGGAGGUCAGCCUGGAGCUGACGGACAGCGACUCAGGAGACCGCUUGAGGCGGGCUCUGCAGCUGUCGGACAGUGAGAGCCUGGUCCCCAGUGACGAGGAGCUGCGCGUCUAUGAGAACAAGGUCACCCCCCUCCACUUCCUGGUGGCGCAGGGCAGCGUGGAGCAGGUGAGGCUGCUGCUGGCCCACGAGGUUGACGUGGACUGCCAGACGGCCUGCGGCUACACACCCCUGCUCAUUGCGGCCCAGGACCAGCAGCCUGAACUGUGUGCCCUGCUCCUGGAGCAUGGGGCAGAUGCCAACCUGGCCGAUGAGGACGGCUGGGCCCCGCUGCACUUCACAGCCCAGAAUGGGGAUGACCGCACCGCCCGCCUGCUCCUGGACCACGGGGCCCACGUGGAUGCCCAGGAGCACGAGGGGUGGACCCCAUUCCACCUGGCUGCGCAGAACAACUUUGAGAACGUGGCACGACUUCUCGUCUCCCGUCAAGCUGACCCCAACCUGCGUGAGGCUGAGGGCAAGACCCCCCUCCACGUGGCCGCCUACUUCGGCCACAUCAGCCUGGUCAAGCUGCUUACAGGCCAGGGGGCUGAGUUAGAUGCUCAGCAGAGGAACCUGAGGACACCUCUGCACCUGGCUGUGGAGCGAGGCAAAGUGAGGACCAUCCAACACCUGCUGAAGAGUGGGGCGGCCCCUGAUGCCCCUGACCAGAAUGGCUACAGCCCACUGCACACCGCGGCUGCCAGGGGCAGCUACCUCAUCUGCAAGAUGCUGCUCAGAUAUGGGGCCAGCCUUGACCUGCCGACCCAGCAGGGCUGGACGCCCCUGCACCUAGCAGCCUACAAGGGCCACCUGGAGAUCAUCCACCUGCUGGCUGAAAGCCACGCAGACCUAGGGGCCCCUGGUGGCAUGAAAUGGACGCCCUUGCACCUGGCCACCCGCCACGGGGAGGAAGAGGUAGUGGCAGCGCUGCUGCAGUGUGGGGCUGACCCCAAUGCCGCUGAGCAGUCAGGCUGGACGCCCCUCCACCUGGCGGUCCAGAGGGGCGCCUUCCUGAGCGUCAUCCACCUCCUGGAGCACCAUGCAGACGUCCGUGCCCGCAACAAGGUGGGCUGGACACCUGCCCACCUGGCCGCCCUGAAGGGCAACAUGGCCAUCCUCAAAGUGCUGGUCAAGGCCGGCGCCCAGCUGGACAUCCAGGCUGGGGAGGGCUGCACACCCCUGCAGCUGGCCCUGCGGAGCCAAAAGCAGAGCGUCAUUGCCUUCCUGGAGGGCAAGGAGCCCUCGCUGGCCAUUGUGGGCAGUGCUGAGCCUGAGGACCAGACAGAAGUGUAGAUAGCCUGGGGAAUCCUCACCAUAAGGGGUUGGGGAAGUGACGCUGGGCUCUGGCUGGGCCCCUUCCCUGUACUUGCCACCUGCCCCUUCAACCUUGAGAAGAAACAGGAGUCUGGUCCCCUGGGUGAUGGAGGGACAGGAAGAGUACGCUGAGAUUGCAGCUGGGAAGGACCCUGGCUUGGAGAGGCCCUUUCAACACCUUUUCCAAGUGUGUGUCCGGCAGACCACGGUCUCCUCUUCCUGUACCUGGACUCCAGCCCCCAAAGUGAAUUCCCUUCUCAUACCCAAGACUCCUGCCACCUUGUGCCAGUGACCCCUGGCCUCGCUGGGCCUUUUGCAUCCCAGGAACCCUCUUUGAGGACAAAGAGUGGCACAGAGGAGACAGAAAUGCUCCUCCCCAACUCAGGUCUGUGUGACUUGAUCCCUUACCUGGAUGGGGCCAGGAGAGACAGACACUACUUUGUACAGCUGCAGGAACUAAAAGUCCAGAGGACAUUCUGCUUAGCAUUGGAAGCCCAGCCAUCCCCCUGCUGCUGCACUGACCACACCUUCCAGUGGCCCUGGUCCCAGUGCCUGGGUCUCCCACACAGUCUCUAGGAGGGGAAGGAAGGUGGUGCCCCACCUGCCCACGAGUGAUCCUAUGUGCUCAGUCCCUGAUUUCCCUGACCCUCCUUUGCUGUGUCCAGUUAUAUGGCUAAGUUCAAACCCCGAAUUCAAUAAAG